AUGGCAGCAAUCACAGACUUAGGUUUUAUGUACCGCUGGUUUAAGAACUGUAACCUGGUUCGCAACCUUUCAGAGAAGUAUGUCUUCAUUACAGGCUGUGACUCUGGCUUUGGGAAUGUGCUGGCCAGACAGCUGGUUGAAAGAGGCAUGAGAGUGCUGGCUGCUUGCCUUACUGAGGAAGGGGCUCAGAAACUUCAGCAGGAGACAUCCUACAGGCUGCAGACCAUCUUACUGGACAUCACCAAGACUGAGAGCGUCAAGGCUGCAGCCCAGUGGGUGAGGGACCAAGUGGGCGACCAAGGCCUUUGGGCCCUGGUGAACAAUGCUGGUGUGGCCCUUCCCAGUGGUCCCAAUGAAUGGCUGACCAAGGAGGACUUUGUAAAAGUGAUCAAUGUGAACCUGGUGGGAACGAUCGAUGUGACCCUCCACAUGCUGCCUAUGAUCAAGAAAGCCCGGGGCAGGGUGGUCAACAUGUCCAGCUCUGGUGGUCGUGUGGCUGUCAUUGGUGGCGGCUACUGCGUCUCCAAGUUUGGUGUUGAGGCCUUCUCUGACAGCAUCAGGCAUGAGAUGCACUACUUUGGGGUGAAGGUCAGCAUCAUUGAGCCAGGGAACUACAAGACAUCCAUUCUGGGCAAAGAGUCCCUUGAUAAAAGAAUGGAAAAGCUGUGGGAGCGGCUGCCUCAGGAGACCCGAGAGAGCUACGGAGAGGAGUACUUCCGCAUCUAUACUUCUAAGUUGAACAACAUGAUGCGGUUGGCACAUCCCAAAAUCGCUGACGUCAUCAAUAGUAUGGAGCAUGCCAUUGUUUCCCGGACUCCCCGUAUCCGCUACAACCCUGGCCUGGAUGCCAAGCUCCUCUACCUUCCCUUGGCAAAGUUGCCCACCCCUGUGACAGAUUUCAUCCUGAGCCGGUACCUUCCAAAGCCAGCAGACAGUGUCUGAGCUGGGGAAGUUCCAGGGGCACAAGAUGGAAAGCACAACAUGGGGAGAGAGAAAGGAUUGCGGUGGUGUCAGUCAUCCUGGGGGUUCUGGCUGCAAAGGACACUGACCUCAGCUGGCAUCAUUGGUGAUGAGUGCCUCUUCUGCCCUGCUGGGGACCCCACAAAUCUGAGGUGGCCUUUGCAGAUUUGAAGACCUACAACACUGUCCUAAGGACAGGCAAGAUACAAAUAUUCCUGGUCCUGGAAUAGUUGAGGAGGGGAAGGUGUGGGUCUCAAGCUGUGACUACCUCUGGAAAAUACUCUGGACUGAAAAUCUCAGUCUCUUCCUUGUGAUUCUCCAGUAGGAAGUAGUCUCAUCUGUACAAACCCAUUAGUGAAGGAUGCAGUACAGGAGCCUGGAGCUCAAGAGCAUAUUCAACAAUAGAUUAAAAGUUUUUCUCUCUA